GUUCCGUUUCGUUACUUUGUUCUCAGAAAAAAAAAAGCAAAACGAGUUUGCUUUUUUGCUUCUGAGUUCAUUGAAGAAGAAGACAAAUUCCCGUAACGUUCGCAUUACAUGGUGCAGAGCGUGAGCGUGGAUCCGGAUCGAGAAUCGGAGCCGUUCGUUGAACUGGAUCCGACAGGGAGAUACGGGCGGUACGACGAGCUUUUGGGUUAUGGAGCAGUGAAGAAAGUGUACAGAGCGUUUGAUCAGGAAGAAGGGAUUGAAGUAGCUUGGAAUCAAGUGAAAUUGCGGUAUUUCAUGGACGAUCAGCCGGUGAUUGGCCGGCUGUAUUCGGAGGUCCGGCUAUUGAAAACCUUAAAGCAUAAGAACAUAAUUGCAUUGUACUCUGUUUGGAGGGAUGAAAAUCGUAACACGUUGAAUUUCAUAACGGAGGUUUGUACCUCGGGGAAUUUGAGAGAGUAUAGGAAUAAACACAAACACGUAUCGAUGAAGGCAGUGAAGAAGUGGUCUAAGCAGAUUCUUAAGGGAUUGAAUUAUUUGCAUACACAUGAACCUUGUGUUAUUCAUAGGGAUCUCAAUUGCAGUAAUGUCUUCAUUAAUGGCAAUAUUGGUCAGGUUAAGAUUGGUGAUUUGGGUUUUGCAACGAUAGUAGGGAAGAGUCAUUCAGCACAUUCAGUUCUUGGAACCCCGGAGUUCAUGGCACCGGAGUUGUAUGAUGAGGAUUAUACUGAGCUGAUUGAUAUCUACUCAUUCGGGAUGUGUGUUUUAGAGAUGGUGACUUUGGAACUACCAUAUAGCGAGUGUGAUAAUGUGGUGAAGAUAUACAAGAAGGUGAUAUCCGGAGUGAGGCCUAAGGCCAUGGACAAGGUUAAAGAUCCCGAGGUCAAGAAGUUCAUUGAGAAGUGCCUUGCUCAGCCUAGGGUUAGACCUUCUGCAUCUGAUCUCCUUCAAGACCCUUUCUUUGAAGAUAUUAAUGAUGAUGAUGACGAAAAUGGCGACGAAGAGUAUAGUAACAACUAUUGGCAGGCCUAGAUCAGCUAUUGCUAUUAUUUGCUAGUAUUAGUUAGUUGUAUUAGCUUUUGGUGUGUGGAGUUUUGGUGCUGAUUUGUGGCUUAUACUCUUUUUUCCUCCAAAAAGAAGAAAAGAAAAUGGUUUUACUUUAUAUGAUAACUACUGCAAAAGAAAAACAAUAGAAAGAGUGGAUUUUGGUUAAGUAAUUUGUACAUACAUUUGUUAUACUAUUGGAAGAUUGAAAGU